GAGUUGUGUUGUGCAACCCCCGAAUGCAGCACAGGGCACAGGGCCGCGCAUCCCGCACAGCUUCCUCCUGCCGACGUUAGGGAAAAUAGACGAAUAGAGGAGAGAGAAGAGAAAGAGAAUGAAUAGGAGAAGAAGAGAGAGAGAGAGUGAGAGAGAGCGCCACUAGUCGACAUCACUACCCCACUCGAAUCCUUCAGUCGGCAGCUCGCGCUAUGGCCGGUCACUGUUUGCGCUGAGUCCUCCUCUCUGCUGCUGCUGCUGCUGCUGCUGCUGCUGCCCGGUGUUUUAUUUUUUGGCCUUUUCUUCUUCUUCUUCUUCUUCUUCCUUUUCCCUUCUAUUCGCCCGUCUCUCUCUCUCUACGUGUGUGUGUGUGUGUGUGUCUGCGUGCGUGCGUGUGUGUGUCUGUGUGUUUGUGUCCUGCGCUGCUGACACUCGGCUAAAUUCGGCUGGCCGCUCUACGCCGAGUUUUUUUUUUCUCUCGCUACAAAUCAAAUCAAACUAGAAAAAAGGGGAAAUUGGAUCAAACAUUUUGAUUCCCAAUCAACAUUUGUUUCGUGUGUUGUGUAAUUCUUCCGGAGCGCUGCUGCCAGAUUGAAAAAGUCGCCAGUGUUUCAAUUUCGAUUGGGGGAGAUCGGCAAUUAAAGUUAGGUAGUUAAUUCGAGAAGAAUAAUCAUCACCAGCAGCGAAUUAUAGAAAAAGGUGGAAAGGGAAAACAAAUUGGACGAGCGGAAUGAACAACCCACCACCACAAACACGACGACCACCACCAUCAUCCGGCCAGGACGACGACGACGACGACGAUCGAUUCUGCAUCUGAAGUGAUUGGUCAGCAGCGAGUGGAAGGGGAAAUUAUUAAAGAAGAAAAUUUGAUUUGGUGUUUUUGUGCGCAGAGUUCUAAUUUCUAAGUGGCGAGUGCAACGAGUCGAGUCUGAAAAAUCAAAUCGAAAUAAAAAUAAAAAGACGCAAAUAAAAAAGUUCGCCGAUCGGGUGGGGUUGAAGAAGUGGCCGACAAAGGCAAAAGUGGUGAAGCGGGCGGUGCUGGUGGUGGCGGCGGAGGGAGGCGACGGGGUAAGCUGGCCACCAUCAUCAUGAAGCACAAGAAGGAGAAGAGCAACAGCAAAGAGAAGAGCAGCAAGAAGAAGAGCGGCGCCAGCCGGGCCGCUUCCAUCUUGACCACCAUGCAGCGGCACCAGCAGGCCGCCAGCGGCCAACAGGGCGGCCAAGGCGCUGCUGGGGCCAGCAACAACACCGGAGGAGCCUCUUCGGCCGCCCUACUCGACCAGGCCGCACUCCAAUCGGCCUACCGAUGGGAGAAACUCUCGCCCGCCGAAUUUGAACAGCUACAAGAUCUUGCCGCUUAUUCAUCCAAGAAGCUGAGUGAUGUCCUGGCUGAAUUCUCUGGCACGGGACCGCUGUCCAAAUUCCAGCCGGAUGGGGAUAUCGACUACGAAGGCUUCAAGCUGUUCAUGGACACUUACCUGGAGAUGGAGAUGCAGGAGGAAUUAUGCAAGAGGUUGUUCCUCUCUUUCGUCAAACGAACGCCCACCAAGACCGUCUCCAAUGUUGACGGCAAAGUCAUCAAGGAUAUGGCGAUGCUGAGUUCGGCCACGGCUUGUGCCCCCAUCACGGCCCACAACGCCACAGGGUCAGUGAACAAUUUAGCGGCGGCCUUUGGCGAAGCCGGAGCUUCUUCGUCGGCCGCCGGUCCGGCUAGCGCCGCCGCCGCGACGACCGGCUGUUCGACCAGCGCUUCCGGCGGAGUCUUGCACACCAUCACCACUAGUUUGUCGGAGCAGAGCCGGCCGCUCCAGGGACUGGCCGAACGCUUUCACGGGCUAACCGAGCGGCUGGGCAGUCUCAGCGGACUGGGCAGCGUCGGCCGCAGCAGCGCCGAGUCAGAGGCAACUAAUCGAACUCGAACGGGGAGUAUCGGCGCUUCGGUUCAUCCGAUGGUGAUGGUGACCCAGCCGGGAACGAUAGUCGUCGGUGGCGGAGCGGGAGGAGGCGGCGGGGCCGGGGCCUCCUGUUCGGCUAUGGGGGCGGGAGCGGGGGCGGCCUCGGGUUCGUCGACGGCCGGCGCCACAUGGGAGCGGGCCAGCAACCAAUCGUCUUCGCCCAGUCACAGUCAAAUGUCGCGCAAUUCCUCGCGAAAGUCCAACAAUUCCAUCCUCGUCUCCAACGGCAAAUUAGAACUGGAAGUCCGGCAAUUGGUGCGAAAGACGAGCAUGUUGGACAUCAACACACUCAGGGUUUCGCUCAAGAACGUCAUCUGCUACCUUUCCUUGCUGGAGGCCGGCCGCCCCGAAGACAAACUCGAAUUUAUGUUUCGGUUAUACGACUCGGACGGCAACGGAGUACUGGACACCAAUGAAAUGGAUUGCAUCGUCAAUCAGAUGAUGGCCGUGGCGGAAUACCUCGGCUGGGACGCAUCCGAGCUGAAACCGAUCCUGCAAGAGAUGAUGACUGAAAUUGACUACGACAACGACGGCACCGUCUCGCUGGAAGAGUGGAAACGCGGAGGCAUGACGACCAUUCCGCUCCUCGUCCUCCUCGGACUCGAUUCCAACGUGAAAGAGGACGGCAAUCAUUUGUGGCGGCUCAAACACUUUAACCGUCCAGCCUACUGCAAUCUCUGCCUCAACAUGCUCGUCGGCCUGGGCAAGAAGGGCCUCUGCUGCAUCUUUUGCAAGUACACGGUGCACGAGCGGUGCGUGCAGCGGGCGCCGGCCUCUUGCAUCUGCACUUACGUCAAGUCGAAGAAAUCGACGCAAGUCAUGGCCCACCACUGGGUCGAGGGCAACUGCAACGCCAAAUGCUCCAAGUGCCGCGGUCCCAUCAAGUCCUACAACGGAAUCACUGGGCUCCACUGUCGCUGGUGUCAGAUGACCUUACACAACCGAUGCGCUUCCCAGGUGAAACCCGAGUGCAGUUUGGGCGAGCACCGAGUGCACAUCCUCCCGCCGACGUCCAUCUGUCCCAUCGUUCUCGAUCGGCAGGUAUCGACGUGUCGGGAUCGGCGGUCCCUCACGCGAUCCGAGAGCCAUCUGCCCAUCUCCGAGCAAUCGGGAUCGUCGGGAUCGCCCAUGUCCUUCCAAAUCAAUCUCCAGCCGGGCAUGUGUCCGCUUUUGGUGUUCAUCAAUCCGAAAUCGGGCGGGCGGCAAGGGGCCCGCAUCCUCCGAAAGUUCCAGUCGCUCCUCAAUCCGCGUCAGGUGUACAGUCUGGACCAGGGCGGCUCCCUGGCCGGCCUUCAAAUGUUCAAAGAUGUGGCCAACUUCAAAGUCAUUUGCUGCGGCGGUGACGGAACGGUCGGCUGGCUCCUAGAGACCAUGGAUAAAGUCCAAUUUGUCAAUCAUCCGCCCAUCGGAAUCAUUCCAUUGGGGACGGGCAACGAUUUGGCGCGCUGCCUCCGGUGGGGCGGCGGCUACGAAGGCGAGUCCGUCCACAAGAUCUUGCGCAAAAUCAGCCGGGCGGCGCCCAUCAUGAUGGAUCGCUGGCAGAUUGAGGUGGUGCCGCACCAGCAGGACGAGAACGCCGAGCCCAGCGACCAGAUCCCCUACACCAUUUUCAAUAAUUAUUUCUCCAUCGGAGUGGACGCGGCCAUUUGCGUCAAAUUCCACUCUGAGCGGGAAAAGAAUCCGGACAAGUUCAACAGCCGGAUGAAAAACAAGUUGUGGUACUUUGAAUUCGCUACCUCAGAGACGUUCACCGCUUCGUGCAAGAAUCUGCACGAGGACAUUGAUAUUAUGUGCGACGGAGUGUCGCUGGACCUGGCCAACGGUCCGUCGCUGCAGGGCAUCGCUCUGCUCAACAUCCCGUACACUCACGGCGGGUCCAACUUGUGGGGCGACACGUCGGUGAAGAAGCGCUCGCGGCCGGCCCCGCUCAGCCUGCGCAAGGAGCACGACAGCAACAAGUCGGAGCGGGAAUUGUCCAGCAGCAGUUUCAACUUCGUCGAUCUCAGUUUGGCCUUGCAAGACAUUGGAGACGGGCUGAUCGAAGUCAUCGGCCUGGAGAACUGCCUGCACAUGGGACAGGUCAAAACGGGACUCAGGGCGUCAGGACGACGGCUGGCCCAGUGUUCCAACAUCGUCAUCCGGACCCGCAAGCGCUUCCCCAUGCAGGUGGACGGCGAGCCGUGGAUGCAGUCACCUUGCACGAUUCAAAUCACUCAGAAGAAUCAAGUGCCCAUGCUGAUGGCGCCACCGCCGUCUAGGAGCAAGGGCCUCUUCAGUUUCCUCAAGCGACACUGAUUCGACCAAAAAAAAUGUUAACCCAAAACCGGAAGGAAUCAAAUCUGAAAGGGGCGACACACGACGCGCAACAACAACACACAACAAAUCAAACGUGCAUAAAAAGGGGAAUUAAUCCCGUCUCGAAACACAUUGACCUAAUUUACUACCCAAAAAGGAGUUGAUGGUUAGAUGAUGAUAUUGCGCUCUCUCAUUUUGAUUUGGUUGGUUUGUUUUUUAAAUCUAAAAACAAGCGAUUCAAGAAAACAAAAAUUUCAAUUUUUUUUUUCGAUAUAAAUAUUAUUAAUUAUUAUUAGCCGUGUUGUUGAUUGACCAAAUCUGUCAUCGGAAGAAGUCAAAAGCCAAAAACUUUCUUCCUUUUUCUGUAUGGCUCGGUUUCGUCAUUUUGUUCUCUCGACAUCUUUUACAUAAUUCAUUCUCUCUCGUUACGUAUAACUUAUACUAUACAUAUAAUUAUAACAAAUAGCGCGCGCGGUUCCAGCCUCUCGAGACGGCCAAGUUGUUCAUGAUACUUUGCUAUAUAUUCAUCUCUCUCUUUUCAAAACAAAACAAACAAAAAAAACUCUCCUUUUCUCGCUCUCGUCUUCAUCAAACGUUUCUCACUCUCUCUAUCUCUCUCUCGGGAAAUGUUUUUAUUUGAUCAUUUGACUGCUGCUCUAUAGACACACACAAAAAAGGAUCGACAAUAGUUUUUUUUUUAUCGGAAUCCAUUCAUCACGCAACACACAAAAAACACACACAAUAUGUCCUCCAUCACAAAUUUCGAUAUUAUUAUAAUUAUGUCUUAUGUGCGGUAAAUAUUUGCAUCAUUUUGUUUUUGAUUUUCGAUUGAUUUUUUUAAUUAUUUUUUUUCCCUUCCCGUUCGUCGUCAGUCGCGGCCAUUCAGCGGUUUUAUAUAUACAUAUACAUAUAUAUUUUCACGGUUAGCGCUAAAAUCAUGUUACAUAUUAUAAAUACUUUUACCAACACCCGAGGUAUUAUAACAAGUGAAAUGCAAAUUCGCACGCGCGCUUUAGGUCGUAUCAAAGGUUUUUUUUAUUUUAUUCAAUAUAAUAUAACCUAUAUACUGUAUCUCUUCGUACAGCACGAAAAGACGAGUUCUUCCAGUUCGGUUCGACUUCUCCACCACCACCACCGUCACUAUACACACCACCACACCCUCUUUGAAAAGAAAAGUUUAAAAAAAAAGUAACUUCCGGCAUUAUAAAAUUCGCAUCGCCGCCUUGUAAAUAGAUCCCAUGAUGAUAUAAUGAUAAUUUAUUACGGCCAACCUUCUUCUCUUCUAUCUCUCUCUCUCUAUCUCUCUUUCUCUCUCUCUCCAUUUGACGAUGCAAUUUCAAUGUAAACAGAUCGUCUGUCUCUUUAAAGAGUGAUGAUUUUUUUUUAAUUCCCUCGUCCUUUUUUUAAAUUUCCUUUGAUAAUGUUUCGAUUGAUUUUUUUUCUUCCAUCCUGUUUCAUCUCCCUCGACAAGACGCAGAGUUAAAAAAAACAACAACCAACACAAUCACAGAUGUUUUUAAGAUAAAAUAAAAAAGGAAAAAAAAAAAAAACUUAACAAAAGGCCAAAAUCUACGCGGUAUCUCGACGUGAUUCUCUCCUGAUGCGUUUUUUUCUUAAUAUUUCAGCAGAUCUUCAUUGUCCUAAUUAUUAUUGGCUCGCUUUCAUUGACCACCUUCCUCCGGUCUCCCCCCAUUUCUCCCCGACAACAUAAUCCCUUCAAACAAAAAUCAUUGAUUAUUAUCUCGUUAUUAUGUACUGUAUCUCGAAACUCCAUCCUUCCUUUCCUUGUUAUUAUUAUUACUAACAUUAACAUAACGAUUCAAAGAAGAGAGAAGAAGAAAACACACACACAAAAAAAAAACACAAAAAAGUCGUUUUCGUUUGUGCGCUUGCUGGACAAACUUCAAAAAAUUGUCUUCAACAUUCCCCUAGUCUUAAGUUUUCCAUUCUACGGUAUUAAUAUUAUAACCUCCGGAAAAAAAAAGUAUAAAUACAAUUAUCUUACGUCAGAA